AUGGCUGCGGUGGAUCUGGCCAAAAAGCUCCAGGAAGAGCUGACCUGCUCUGUCUGCAUGGAGUACUUCAUCGACCCCGUGACCAUCACCUGUGGACACAGUUUCUGCCAAAUAUGUCUCCUCCGGUACUUGGAAGACCAGAUGUCCUACUCCUGCCCAGAGUGCCGUGGGGCCUGUGAGCUGAGUGACUUGCAGACUAAUCAGCGUCUGGGGAAGCUGUCAGUGAUUGGGAAACAACUCGUACCCCACCUAUCGGAGAGCCCAGCAAGAGAAGAGCUGUGUGGAAGACACCAACAGUCCCAGAAAUUAUUUUGUCAAGAUGACGAAACUGCAAUCUGCGUGUCCUGCUACCAUUCCAAAGAACAUGAAAACCACCGCGUGUGUCCAAUAGAAGAGGCUGCAGAACAACAUAGGAGGAAAUUCCAGGAGCUUCUCAAUCAUCUGUGGUCAGAAAUGGAGCAAGUUCAGACUGUGCUAGCGGCAGAGAAAAAGACAUUGAAGAUACUGAAGGAGGAGGCGCGGAACUGUAGAUGGAAUCUUGUAUCCGAGUUUGAGCAAAUACGCCGACUCUUGGAUGAGGAGCUGGAUCUGCGUCUUCGGAAACUAGAGAAGGAUGAGCAAAAGAAUUUGCAGAAACUGCAGCAGAGCGAAGAGCAUCUGAUCCAGCAGAGCCAAACUCUUCAGGCACUGAUCACAGAGCUGGAGGAGAAGUGCCAGAGCGGGAGUGUCGAGCUGCUGCAGGAUGUAAGAGCAAUUUUCAUCAGGUAUGUAUAUGAUCUGUGCUCCCUGAGGACCCAGGAAAUGAUUGACAGGGAUCGAAGAAGUGUAAGAUUCGUCGAGACCCCACAGGAUGUGCCCGACCACCAGGACCGAUUUGACAAUUGUGGCAGCGUCCUGGGCUCCCCGGUGUUCACCUCAGGGCGGCACUACUGGGAGGUGGAGGUGGGAGACAAGCCAGAGUGGGAGGUGGCUGUGUGUUACGAAUCAAGAAGCAGGAAGAACAGUGUGCCAGUCUUACCCGGGGACACUUUCUCCCUGAUAGCCUUUCAGUCAAUAAGUGGGGACAAGCUCUGGAUUGCCUUCCCUUUGAUUCAGCUCAGAAUGACACUUCCCAUCUGCCGAGUGGGAGUUUUCCUGGAUUAUGAGGCUGGAGUCAUCUCCUACUACAACGUGAGUGAAAAAUGUCUCAUCUACAGCUUCCCCCCUAUCCGCUUCUCUGAACCUCUCCGACCUGUCUUCUCCCCAUGCCUUACAUACGGUGGGAGGAAUGCCGGGCCACUGACCAUCUCUCUGGUAGGCAGCCAUCAUGAUUACUAG